ACGGACAUUUGACUAAAAAAGUCGGGGGAACUGAAUUACCGAAUCCCAGGAAUGACCCAAAUAAUGUUCAUGCCUUCUUCAUUUUUCAUGCUGCUUUGUGUCUGUACAGAUCACGUACUGAUUUAUCGUGCAGUGUUUUUGACAACAGCUCAUUCUUGUGGACAAUUGAAACAUCGAUGAAAAGGCGACAGACAGUAAAUUCAUUAAUUCAUUCUGGUAUUCCGUCUGCUUUCAAGUCUUUGCGAUCUCAAAAUGUUUAGUUAAAAUUAAAAGCAUUCUAUUAUAUCUUGCAAGAUAUGGUGGCUUUCUUUAGAAAGUACUGUUCACGAUGAGAUCUAAAUAAGAUGGGAUCCAUAUAUUUCGCUCUAAGUUUCUUUCAGGACUGUUUUUAUAGUUACUCUGACAGCGCGACCCAGGUCAACAUUUAGAAAGUGAAUUAAUAGGCCGAUAUUAAGUUAAAUAUAACAAUAUAUCUUGACAACAGAGACAAAUUAGCUUUGUAGCAAGUAGCUUUGUUGAAUGUGUUUUAAGUAAACUAACGUUAUGUAUAUCUGCCGAUUCAACUCAACUGUCGUUCACCCUUGACGGGAUAGUAACUCCUUAACGCAAAACUAAGUAGAGAACUAUAAUUGCACGUGUUUUAUUUUGGACGUAAAUCUGCAAUGCCCCUGAAUUGAUAGCAGAGUCUACAUCUUUAAAGACAACGCAACAUAAUGAAUGUGUGCAGCGCUGCUCGGUUCUGGUUGAUCCAGACACGCAGUGCAGUGAGAGUCCUUCAACAGAAACGAACUGUCUGCAGCCACACUGAUGGAUCUACUGGGGACUUCAAAGAAAAACUCCGGGCUUUCACAGGAGGUUCCAUAGAGCUUCAGAAACAAGAGUCAGGCAUUGCAGUGCUCACUGUCAACAAUCCUGCGCGCAUGAAUGCCUUCACAGGCAGCAUGAUGUUUGAACUGGAGGAGCGGGUGCAUGAACUUGAGACCUGGUCAGAAGGGAAAGGUGUCAUUGUGCAGGGAGCUGCUGGGACCUUCUGCUCUGGAUCUGAUCUGAAUGCAGUCAGCGCUAUAGCAAACCCACAUGAUGGCAUGAAGAUGUGUGAGUUUAUGCAGAGCACUCUGACACGUCUCCUCAGGUUGCCACUCAUCUCUGUGGCACUGGUGGAGGGAAGAGCUCUGGGUGGUGGAGCAGAACUCACCACAGCCUGUGACUUUAGGUUAAUGACAUCAGAUGGUGUUAUCCAGUUUGUCCAUAAGCAUAUGGGUUUAGUACCUGGAUGGGGUGGAGCUGCGAGACUAGUUCGUAUUGUUGGCAGCCAGAAUGCCCUGAAACUGCUUGGUGGGGCUAGAAAGGUUGAUCCAGACUUUGGAAAACAGAUCGGACUGGUUGAUGAGGUGCUUCACUGCUCCUCUGAUGAGGGCAAUACUCGAGCUCAUGCAGAGCAGUGGCUGAACCAGUUCAUUAAAGGGCCGGCUCCAGUGAUCAGAGCCAUAAAGAAAGUUGUCAUCUCAGGAAGAGAGCUUCCAUUUGAUGAAGCCCUUAAAACAGAGAGAAAUGUGUUUGGGACAGUAUGGGGUGGACCAGCCAAUCUUGAGGCACUGGCUUUGAAAACAAAACAUAAGUGAUUGAAAAUAUCAUCAUCAUUGAUUAACAUCUUAAAACUGUUACUCAAUGCUUGGAGGACUUAAUCAGAUCACAUGAUAAAAUGAAAGAAAUUGAAAAGUACCUGGAUUGCUUUGUGGAGUCAAUGUUAUCUUGCACGUGCAAACACUAGUAAUUGAAUAUAGUCCAUCUGAAUGUUGCUUUUCUUGUGCUUUUUGAAAUUGGUUAACCAUUGAGCGCCCAGUAAAUGUGUUGGUUCUUGGGGGUCUCACCAAGGGUGCCAUAUAGGGAAGGACCAGCAGUAAUUAUUAGUGUUAUUUUAUAAAAGGGACAUUAUAUGAUGAAUUAUACAUGACAUGUUUGGUAUAUGGAAGCUAUACAUGUAAUAGUUACAUUUAAAAUUGGCCUUUCAUGUAGUAACAUAAUUUUUCCAUAGAAUCAGACACGGAUAAUGACUUUGCAGCACGCCCCUAAUACAUAGCCUGCAUACACAUGUCGGCACAUUGAUUAACAAGGAUAAAUAAAAAUGCCAUUUCAUAUCAAAUAUAGUUUGUGUAUCACAUAGUAAUAUGUGUCUUCCUUUUUGUGUUUCUUUCAAUUUUACCAGUAGAAGUGAAGUAAACAUUACGUCAGCUUAAGGAAAGACCUCUGAUGAAGCUUCAUUGAUGUAAGCUUUCUGUCAGAGCUUUGUAAACAACCCAAUUGCCAGGAGAGAAUAAACAUUUUUAUUGUCAUUUAUUCACCCUCAAGUUUUUCCAAAUCCUUUAUUUUUUUUCUGGAAAACAUUAAAGGAGAUGCUCGGUCGAAUAUGUGAGCUUCUAUUUUCCAUAUGAUGGUAAUUUCAAAAGUACUUAAAAAAGCUCCAGAAAGUACAAAAAAAUCACCUUAAAUGUUUCAUAAAAUUAGCAAGACCCAGAUCUAGAAUGGUUACUAGAAUGGGACAUGUAUCGAAUUGGGUUAUGGUUAGCAGUGAUGCAAUUGAAGUUUUUUUAUAUAAACAAUAUAUAGAUUAUUUAGGCAACUUUGAGUGUUUAUAAUACAAAUAGAAACAAAAUUAUAACCAAGAAUAAAAAAAAAUCUACAGGUCAAAAUGAUUAGCCCUCUGAUGUUAAUAGUCAAUAGUGUAUCCCUUUUACUUGAUAACAGCCUUUAGUCGUUUGUUGUAGUUCUCAACAUGUUUUAGGCAUUUCUCCUGAGGAGUCACACCCAUUCCUCCUCAGCAAAUCUCUCAAGCUCCUCCAGAUUUGUUGGUCUCCUGGCAUGGACUCUAGUCUUCACUGUGGCCCACAGAUUUUCUAUGGGAUUCAAGUUUGUGCAGGCCAGUCAAGGACGUUCACUUUGCUCGUUUGGAGGUAGUUCUUCACCAGAAGUGAUGUAUACUUUGGGUCGUUAUCAUGCUGGAAGACGAAAUGCCAAUCCAAGUUUUGUUGCAGAUUGCCUGAGGUUGUCUUUCAAAAUCUUCUCGUAGUCUUCCUUUCUCAUGAUUCCUUCGACCCUGAUGAGAUUCCCAGUUCCAGAUGCACUGACACUUCCCCACAGCAUUAUACUUCCACUGCCAUGUUUCACUGUGGGAACGGUGUUCUUUGGGUUGAGCGACUCUCCCUUCUUUCUCCAAACAUAGGCAACAUAUCUAUGGCCAAAGAGCUCUAGUUUUGUCUCAUCUAACCAAAGGACACGUUCAUCAUUUUCUCUAGGUUGUCCUUGGCAAACUUCAGUCUAGCUUGGAGGUGUCUCUUCUUCAGAAAUUGGGUUUUUCUUGGUCUGCAAAUCGCAGUCCAUUCCUGUGCAGGGCUCUAGUGACUGUCUUCUUUGAGACAUCAAUCCCAGACUUGGAUAAAUCAUUCAGUAGUGUCUUGGCAGUUGUUCUUGGGUCUUUAGAAACCUCUCUCAUCAGUUUUCUUUCCAAGGUAUUUGAAAUCUUUCGCUUCCUGCCUCUACCAGUCUUGUUCUCCACUGUGUGGGUCUCUUCAAACUUCUUGAAGUUUAAUAUUUGAAAAAUAUUUGAAAUUUAAUAGGGGGGCUAAUAAUUUUGCCUUCAACUGCAAAUCACCAUUCAAUUUUGUUGAACGCAUUUGGGUGAACUACCCUUUAAGACUGGAAUCUGUCAUUUUCAGAUACAUCUGGAACACUGGAAGAACUUUGUUUGAGAUUUUUCAUGCAGAAAACCCCAAACUUCUCCAGUUGUCCACACAAAUCAGAAAGUGCUGCCAUUUUGUCCUUGUCUAAUUUGUGUUGAUGUCUCCUUAUCCCUUGAAUGUCGAUAACAUGUUUAUUUUGUGCUUUGUAUGUAAAUAAGAUGCUUUGAAAUUUGAAGUUAAUAGCUCUCCAUAUUCAUAAAAUGUGACUGUCUAUGAGUAAAGCAUUUAGAAAUGACAACCGUCUAAAGACACCAACACACUGGACAUUACACUAUGUCACAGAUGGGCUUAAUAAGCACUUCACUAGAUCCGGUCCUCCCAAAGUCAUUUAUAUGGCUCGUUUGCCAUAUUCCAAGUCUUCUGAAAUCAUGUUAUUGCAUUGUGUGAGGAAUAGUUUUGACCUGGCAAAGUUGUAGUCUAUUAAAUUUUUUUAUAACAACUCUUGUGCGUCAAUAAUAAAAAAAAAAAAGUUAUUUAGAGGUACUUUGAGGGCAAAAAUGUCCAUGUCAAAAAAGUGCCAGAAUAAUAUUAUACAGUAAAAUAAUAUUAUAUUCCACUCUCAAUUAGAUAUUUUUUUAACCAGCAUCAAUCCUGAUCAUAACUACCAAAUAUUCAUUCAUUUUCAGGAUUUUAACCAUUUAAAUGCCAGUUUGUUUACAUAAUGCCACUGUUGUUUCUCU